AAAGUAUUGACAUCAACUUCCGUUCUGCAGCACGAGCACUACCAGCGUAGUUCGUUACGCUUAACCUUAGACAACAUUUGUAACUUCUAAGUUACCAGGAAGAGGGUACUUUAAUGUUUAAGACGUACAAUGGGGGGUAAGAAUAAGCAGCGAACUAAAGGGAACGUCCGGCCGUCCAGUAGCGGCCGCGCCGCUGAAGUACUGGCCCGCGAUGGUGGCAUUAUCCCGGGGUUUGUUGGCUUCGAUUCCAGCGUGACUUCGGACCUGAGUUACGUCCCCGCCGUCCACGGCGCCGAGGAGAUAGAUAACUUGGUUGAUGCCGACUUCAGGCUGGUUCUCAGGAAAAUGUCCAAAAGGGAUGUCGUCACCAGACUAAAAGCUGUGCAGGAUUUUGGGUCCAUGUGUCAGGAACGUGAUGCUGAAGUGGUUAAAGGCGUCUUGCCUUACUGGCCAAGGAUUUAUUGCAAGAUAUCAUUGGAUCACGAUCGAAGAAUCAGGGAGGCCACGCAGUUGGCCUUUGAGCAGCUGGUGCUAAAAGUGCGUCGCAGCUUGGCCCCCUUUCUGAAGAGCUUGAUGGGCCACUGGAUACUGUCCCAGUGUGACACUUACACACCUGCAGCCUCUGCUGCUUGCCUGGCCUUCCAGGCUGCUUUCUCGCCCACCAAACAACCUGAGGCCCUCAGCUUCUGCAAGGAUGAGAUCCUUUCUGUUCUACAAGAUAUUUUGUUGAAAGAAACAGCAGACACUCUGAGUGAUCCACAAAGUGUGACACAGGAGGAGAGGGAGGCUAAAUAUGUGCGGGUGCUGACCAGUUCGAUGCUGGGGGUGAAGAGACUGCUUUCCCUGCUUCUGCAGAAUGAUAGGGAGGCUCUAGAGCAAAGACUUCCUGAUCUGGUUAACUCUGGAAAGUUUUGGAAAUACAGCAAACACAAGACACCUCAGGUACGAGGGUCAUUUUUCGAGCUGAUGUGUGCCCUUUGUGAGUUCACACCAGGAUUGGUUCAGGCUGAAGCAGCACGGGUUUGCCCUGCUGUACUGCUCAGCAUUGAUGACACAGACCCUGUAGUGCUACCCCCUGUGUGGGAGGCUGUUCUUUAUGUUGUAACCACGAUCCCCGAUUGCUGGACUCAUGUAAAUGCAAAGAAGGGGUUCUUACCAAAACUAUGGUCUCUGCUAAAAGACGGUGGCAAAGGCAUGGCUAAAUCACUCCACCCUAAUUUAAUGCCACUCCUUAGUAAACUACCCCCACAGGUUACAGAUCCAGCCUUAGAUUUCUACACCACCUUCUUCACAUCAUUCAUGCAAGGCCUGUCUAGUGAGCGUGCAGUGGCGAGCCCAUCAGAGAGUGCAGUUAUAGUGACAUCUGUUACUGAGUGCUUGAAAUACUGUAUACUGCAAAAUACAGAAAAGAAGGAAGAUCAAAGAAAAAUAAGGUCCAUGCUCAUUUCACAGCAGCUUGUACCACUGAUAAAGAAGGCUCUGGGAAACCCCUCACUUCAGAAUGGUCCUCUUUUUCUUUUGGCUACUGAACUGCUCAUUUCCUUGGAGAAAAGGGCAGGUUUACAUAAUAAAGAUGAAGCUACUGACAACAAGGAUGUAUUUCAAGGGCUUAUUGCAGACUUCUGGGAGGCCCUUAGUCUUAUCUUUGUGCAUUAUAUUGACAACGAGGAUGCAGACCAAACGGUUUUGAACGGGGUAGCCACCCUGCUGCAGGUGAUGCGUUAUCCUGAGCGAGUAAAUAAAAAACACACCCAAAAGUCGAAGUCUGUCAAGAUCUGUUUUUCUAAGCAAGAGGAGGAAACUGGAGUUGAAGAGGCUGGUGUUAAGAACCCUGCACUUGUUAAUGAGAAGACAUUAGGGUCCCUGCAGACCCAGCAUUUUGAGGAUGUAGUGUGCCAGCUGGCACAAUUAUGUCUGGUGCAUGUGAAUGAGAAAAAUUCAGAGAGACAUCUUGUUUUACUCUCCCUUCUACUACAGUCAUUCCACACACCCAGGGUCUUUGGUACAUUGGUGGAACUAGAUGAGAAAGUAUCAAAGAAGAAAGAAGACGUGAAUACGAAAAAUCCAGCACUACAGUUUCUGUUGGAACAAGUGUUGGUGUGGCUUGCUGAUAAGAGUCACAGUGACUCUGAGCACUUGGUGGAAUUGGUCUUCAGCUCAUUAAGAUGCUGCAACCAACAAGAGACUACCCGCAUCCUCAACCAUAUCACCACGAUGGAUUUACAGUGGGGAAUUAUCCUACAAAUUAUAAAAAGGGCAUGUGCAGAUCCUGACACGCUGAAGAGCUGUAACGAAUGGCUGAAAGGUUCAGUCCUGGGUGAAAAACUCCUGGGAUUGACUGAGGAGCUCUGCAAUCUGGAACACAUCUCUCCACGGUCUACAAGCAACCACAGUUGGAUGCUUAUCAGCCUUGUCCUUUCGCAACAUCACAACAAUGUACCUCUGAUAGAGGAGGUGUACAUGGAGAAAAUCCUAGAGAAGCUCCACGCCACUCUGUCCGAAACCAAGACCCUGUCAGAUGCAGGAAACAUGGAGCCGCUCAUCUCCUUCAUCUGUGAUGUUGCCUCCACAUUCUUCUCUUCUGUACAAGACUGCCUUCUUCUACUCUCUGCUGAGGAGCUUUUGCUCACUGUUUUCCAACUUACUGCUCAAGAUCAAGCAUAUACUCGUCUGUCAGACUCACUUUUAGAAAAGCUGAAGAAGGUGUGUUUAGCUGGGGUCCAGACACUGAUCCGACAUUCUGCGAAUGAGGUCAAGGAAGGCGGUUUCCUACACAGUGCAGCUAUAUGGGUAAAAAACCAACUGCUCAGCACCUGUAUGGACAUUAAAAGUUUACAGAUUCUUGCUGUGGCUGUACAGAACAUAGUGGAGACAAUCAUCUCUGUACAUGGUGAAGACCUCUCCCUGUUCAAUGAGUUUCUCACCUUGUUGAUGCCAGGCCAGACCGAAUGGACAAGAAUCAGACAGGCUCUACCUGCUCAGUGGAUCAAAAUGCCCUUACUGUCUGGUCGUCACCGAGGAGGUUGUGAGAAACUCUCUAUAGACAUGUGGAAGUUUAGGUUCUCAUCCAGGCUUCCAGCCCACCUGUGUGCCUGCGCCCUGUUAGGGAAGGUGGCAACAACUGCUUUCAGACCUUGUGACCAAAGCAAUGAAGAAUUUGCUUCACAUGUAUCAAACCUCAUGAACACAGGUUCAGAGUUGCUGUAUGCACUUCAGUGGUGUAAGGAGAUAGAAUACAGUCCGGCUAUAGUGUCAUCCUAUCACAACCUGCUGACAGACUGGGGGCUGUCAGAAGGACUCCCCAGUCAGGUCCCAAGGAAAGAACUCCUGGAAAUUCUCUACUCGAGGUCAAUGGAGGAUGGAAGUCUAUGGUCACUGACUCUAGAAAACUACAUCCACACUAGCUGCUCCACCAGUGAAGCUGUGAAAGGGCUGUAUGACGGUGUGGGCAGUUUGUUCCCAGCAUCUGGAAGCAGACUGAGCACACUCCAGGUGCUUUGCCCCGUUAUGUCUAAUGAAGAGAAAGACACUCUUGUAGCCUUGGCUACUGCUGGACUAAUCAACUGGCAACAGAAUGACAAUGUUUAUGGGUGUCUGACAGUGCUGCUGUGCUGCCUCAAAACCAGCACACAAGUAGAGCAGGAGGUUGUGCAGGCUGUUCUUGCCACAGUGAUGGAGUGGAGGAACAGCAAGGAGGACUGGUUUCUCUUCAGCAACGACCUGUCUAAAACAACCACGGAACAGUUAAACCUUGCUGUUGAGAUGAUGCGUUUCCUAUCUUGGCUAGUGACUGAUUGUCCAAAUGUUCUUGGUGCCAACCAGUGGGAUUUCUUGCUAUGUUCAAUGUUAGCCUGGUUGGAGACAGCCAGUGAGAAUGUGAGCAGUCUGUGGAACCCAUGGGUGCAGCUGUUUGCGUGCGAGAGUACUGCACUGAUCGUGAAGCUGAACCAAUUCUUCACAUCAAGCUCUGCUGAUGUUCUGGGGAAUUUGCCAUCAGAACUGACCAGCGAAUGGAAGGACUUCUUUGUUGAUGGAAUCUACAACCUGCUGUUGCCCCUGCCUGUCAAGAUUAUAGGUGCCUUUAAUGAACCAGAUGAUCCAGUGUUUCCGCUGGCAGUGCUCCAGUCUGCUGGCAUGGCUCUGACGUAUGUUCCUGUGCAGCAGCUAAACCAGAACUCCCUGCCCCCGCGAUUCAUAGCAGACCAGAAGACAAACUUGCCAGAGCCCCUCCAAACGCUUCUCAACACUUUCUGUCCUCUGCUGCUUUUUAAAGCCAGACCUCUGCAGAUCACUAUUUUUCACCUGUUGGAAAAGGUCAUGCCUCAGCUGCCUGAAUAUGACGGAGAAGGAGACAACAACAAGUCUGAUGAAGAUGGAGAUGAACCCUGUCUGUCUCCUCCAGCGUCGCUGAUGACAGUUCUGUCAGCCUGUGAGGAGCUUUGUGAAAGUAUCCUGACAGGGGUUCAAGUAGGAGAGUUUGCAGUGGUCCAGCCUCUCAGCGUGGAGUACUCCUGCAUCCUGGGCUACCUGCUGGCCUGGAAGCUGCUCCUCACCUUUUUCAAAUCCUCACCCUCUCAUCUGCGUGCCCAUUAUGCCCAGUAUCUGAAGAGAUCCUCCUCUCUAAACAAGCUUCUCCUUCACCUCUUCAAACUGAUGCCUGAGAAUCCAAUCUACCGAGGCCAUGGGUCAGAGGCAAGGGAGACCAAAACCUUCUUCACGGAGAGCCUGGUUCUGGUUGUUGACAAAAGUGACUGCAUUGAGUGGGAGCUUCCUCACCUGGCAUGCAACGUUUACUUCAGUACAGUACAGGACCUGCCUGCCAUGGUGCGGCUGUGGUGGAACAGCCAGGAGAAGAGAGUGAGCACAGCUGUGGAGAAGUUCACCAUUAAAUAUGUCAGUCCUGUUCUCUCAGCUGAGGAGAUUACAUCGGUGCACUCCAGCACUCAAAUGUUCGAAAACAUGAGUGUGAAGGCCCGCUCAGCAGCACGUGAAGUGAUUGCUACCUACUCUGUGGAUGACAUCUUCAUUGAGUUGGUGAUUCAGCUGCCACAGAACUAUCCUCUAGGCUCUAUAGCUGUAGAGAGUGGGAGGCGCGUUGGCGUUGCCGUACAGCAGUGGAGGAACUGGAUGCUGCAGCUGAGCACAUACCUCACACAUCAGAAUGGCAGCAUUAUGGAAGGCCUGGCCCUCUGGAAGAACAAUGUGGAUAAGCGUUUUGAGGGAAUAGAAGACUGUAUGAUAUGCUUCUCUGUUAUCCAUGGCUCCAACUACUCCCUGCCCAAGAAGGCCUGCCGCACCUGCAAAAAAAAGUUCCACUCAGCGUGUCUGUACAAGUGGUUUACUUCCAGCAACAAGUCAUCCUGUCCAUUGUGCAGAGAAACCUUCUUCUAACACAUCAUCCGUUGUGAUGACAUGCAGAGGGUAUUUAACGAACACGUCAACAUUAACGUUGCAGUUUGAAAGUCUCUGAGGUUUUCUCUAAAUGAAAUGAGAAUGUUUGGUUGUAAAGAUCUUGCUUAAUGUUCUCAUUGGAAGCCUAAAUCGAUAUACCACAAAUUCUAGCGGUAACUACAUAUUGGCAACUGUUCGUAUUAACUUGUGUCCCUGUUCAUUUAUUCUACUGCUUUGCUGCAAUGUAUAUGCACAGCAUGAGAGGUUUGCUGAUGAGGUUUUAUCUAUUUUUUUAAUCUUUCAAAAUCUGCAGGUUUGUAGAAGAUAAUCUGUAUUUGGAAAGUCAAAACCAGAUCCACUGUGAGUAAUUGUGCCUACUAAAAAGGAUGGGGUUAAUUCAGUUCCCAGGACAGAUUUCAAAUAUUUCCUAAUAUUUAGGAGUGUAAAGAGAUUAUGUCGGAUCAGUGACAUGCAUUAAACUGUUAUGACAUGCUGGGGUCAUCUAUUAGAAGCAGGAAAGAGGAUUUCUUGAAAUUGGUCUUUAAUGUUGUAAUGCAGUUACAUCAAAUAUUGAAACCUGCUGCCUGCAUUUAGCUGUAAAUGAUGCUCGAAAAGAAAUAAAAUGCAAGUAUGUUGAUAUUG